AUGUCGGAGGAAGGCAUCACUUUUCACUCCUACUUUUUACAACAUUACUUUUGGAUUAUACUGUUUUCUAAAACAACAACUCCGGUUGCUGCUCCCACUCCUAGAGCCAAAGGCACUAGAAAAAAUGCUGCUGGAAGUCGGGCUGAUAUUGGAUGGCAACAUGGGACUGAUGUUCUUGGAAAUGGUAAAAAGAUUAAAUGCAAAUACUGCUCCAAGAUUAUUAGUGGAGGAAUAUUCAGAUUCAAACGUCAUCUAGCCGGUAAUAGAGAUGAUGCUGGACCUUGUGCUUCUGUGCCCGAUGAUGUUAGAUAUUUAUUUUUGAAGAUUGUUGCUGAAUCUGAUGAAUUGGCUUCUAAAAAAAGACAACUAUUAGACAUUGAGAGAGAUGUUUGUGUGGUGGAAAAUCAUGAGAUAGAAAUUGCUACAUCUCAAAAGAAAGGGAAAUUUAUUGUUGGUUCUUCUACUGGGGUACAAAAAACAAUUAAUCAAAUGGUGAAAAAGGACUUGAAAGAAAAAGUUGAUGAACAGGUAGCAAGGUUUUUUUAUACUAGUGCAAUUCCUUUUAAUUGUAUUAAAAAUGAAGAGUUUGCAAAAAUGUGUGAGAUGAUUGGGAAGUAUGGAAUUGGUUAUAAACCUCCUUCCUAUCAUCAUAUAAGAGAACCACUUUUGGAUAAAGCUGUGAAGGAUAUUGAUGUUAUGCUUGAGGAUUAUAAAAAGGAGUGGAAAAAAACUGGUUGUUCAAUUAUGUCUGAUGGAUGGACUGAUAAGAAAAGACGGUCGAUUUGCAAUUUUUUAGUGAAUAGUCCAAAGGGGACGAUUUUCCUAUAUUCAUUAGACACUUCUGAUAUUUCAAAAACUACUGACAAAGUUUUUAAGAUGUUGGAUGAUGUUGUUAACCUUGUUGGAGAGGAGAAUGUGGUUCAAGUUGUUACUGACAACGCUGCAAAUUACAAAGCAGCGGGUGAAAUGUUGAUGCAAACACGGAAGAAUUUGUAUUGGACUCCAUGUGCUGCUCAUUGUAUUGAUUUGAUCUUGGAGGAUUUUGAGAAAAAGUUGAAAGUUCAUCAAGUUACUAUAAAAAAAGGAAGAAAAAUCACCACACAUAUAUAUGGCAGAACAAUGCUCAUAAGUAUGUUGAAGAAACAUACUAAAGGAAGGGAUUUGAUCAGACCUGGUAUUACGAGAUUUGCCACAACUUAUUUGACACUUUCUUAUUUGAAUGAUAAUAAAGGAGCUUUGAUGAGUUUGUUCACCUCUGAAGAUUGGAAUUCAAGCAAGUUUGCAUCUACAAAAGAGGGGAAAGAUGUGGCAUUUAUGGCUUUAGAUAGUCGUUUUUGGGGAAACACGGUCACAUGCUUGAAAACAGUUUCUCCUCUCAUAGAGGUCCUCAGAUUGGUGGAUUCAGAAGAAAAGCCAUCCAUGGGUUUCUUAUAUGCAGAGAUGGAUUCAGCUAAAGAGAAGAUAAAAAACAAUUUCAACAAUGUUAAAAAAAGGUAA